AUGUCUACUGCAACGCCUCCAACCUCGCCCUCCUCGGCCUCUCCCUGGGUUAUCCUCGCCAUCACCAGUGGCACUUUCGCGGCAUUGAACGGUGUCUUUGCAAAACUAACAACGGACAACCACACAACAGCAUUUGCACACUCCAUCGCGCAUCUAUUUGGUCUAGAAUCCUCACCUUUUAUUGAAAUGCUCGUGAGAGGCGCAUGCCUCGGACUCAACGUGCUAUGCAAUAUCAUUAUGUGGGCGCUUUUCACACGCGCAUUAACAGCCGGUCCUUCUACGACGAAAGUCUCUAUCACCAACACCGCUUCUAAUUUCUUGGCUACUGCAGUGUUGGGCAUGGUUGUCUUUCAAGAGGCAGUCGGAGGAUUGUGGUGGUUAGGUGCUGGGAUGAUGGGUGCUGGUUGUAUUCUGGUAGGAAUGCGCGAAGGGGCUUGA